UUAUACUACAACGUUAACGAUUUAGGGAAUAUACACAGUGAAUAUAUAUCUACACGCCAGGAAGUAUACACAUUGAGUAUUGACAUAUCUGUCAUGGCAGCAGUACAGAAGAAGAGGGUAGUUGUUGUGGGAGGCGGAGUAGCAGGUGCCAGUGCUGCUAAGGCCUUGGAAAGCCACGCCGAUGUCACUCUUAUUGAUCCGAAAGAUUAUUUUGAGAUCCCAUGGGCGAGAUUGAGGUGUAUGGUGGAACCAAGCUUUGCUCAAAGGUCUCUGUUUCUCCAUAAGGAGUAUUUGAAGACUGCCAGGCUUAUAACAUCUACUGUAACAAGUGCGACAGAGGAGGUUGUGACCACUGCCUCAGGGGAACAAGUAGAGUAUGAUUAUCUGGUGCUUGCCACUGGAACUACUUAUGAUGGUCCUUCUACAAAAGCAGAGAAACUUAAACAAUUUGAAGAAGACAACAGGAAGAUUAAGGAUUCAAAAACAGUUCUGAUAAUUGGAGGAGGGCCCACUGGAGUGGAGUUGGCUGGAGAGAUAGCAGUAGAUUUUCCAGAGAAAAAAGUGAUCCUCAUUCAUUCUGGUUCCAGGCUUCUCGAGUUUGUGGGGGAAAAGGCUUCCAGAAAGGCUCUGUCCUGGCUUAAGUCUAAGAAAGUAGAAGUGCAUUUCAAUGAACGCAUUGAUUUGAAGAGCAUUUCUGAGACCACAACAAGCUUUACCACAAACAGUGGGAAGAUCAUCAAUGCAGAUUCCCAUUUUGUAUGCAUUGGCAAGAAAGUGGGCACAUCUUGGUUUAAGGAUUCAGCAUUUGCAGGUGCUGUAGAUGAACGUGGUUUAGUAAAGGUGGAUAGCUCUCUGCGUGUGGAGGGGCAGACUAAUGUUUUUGCUGCAGGGGAUAUCAUUAAUGUCAAGGAAUUGAAACAAGGAUUUUGUGCCCAAAAACAUGCACAAGUGAUUGCAGAGAACAUAAAGAAGCUCUCUAAAAACCCCAAGCAAGCAAAAUUGAGCACCUACAAAGCAAGUCCUGCCAUGGCCCUUGUGAGCUUGGGAAGAAACGUAGCAGUGGGACAAUUUCCAUUUGGAGCAUUUAGUGGCCGCCUUCCUGGCAUGAUAAAAUCUAAAGACUUGUUUGUUGGUCCUACACGCAAAGGCCUUGGCCUUAAAGCUUAGUUAUUCUUAAUGUCUUCUUGUAUUAUUAAGUAAUUGUUGUACUAGUAUUUGUAAGCAGGAAGAAAGUAGUCUUAAUCUGUCUACUUGUAUUGUUGAGUAGUUAUUGUACUACUAUGUCUGAGUAAGAACAUAGAGACAUAGUAGAGCAUAGCUUAAAAGAAAAGUUUUCCUGUCAGUGAAUCUUCAUUGAUUUGUUUUGUAGUAUGUCCUCCAAAACAAGGUCAGCUAUGUGCUAGAUUGUACACAUUGUUUUCUUCAUGAGUUCCCCCAAAAUGUUUGCUCUCUUCAUUCAAUGUUUAUGAUUGGACAAGCUAUAUGAUAUUUCAUCAUAUCUUGUCAAAAAUUCAAGUGUAAUAAAAAAUUUCUUUAAUUCUAAGAGAAGUGAUGGUUUUCUAUUA